UAGACUCAAUGUAUAUUAUAGUCUUCAAGAAUGUGUAGCAAUAGCAUACGAUGAGAUACGGAACUGUCUCUUUGUUAGUACCUCAUAAAAACACAAACAAGCACUGACGUUCCCCCCAUCUCUUUUCGAAGUAGACACCUUUUGUGCAAUCCACUAUUACAGAUAUAAAACACGUUGUGUAUAUAUAAGAGAAACCGUUAGUAUACAUCAAAGUAUUUAUCCAAGAUAAUAUAAAGCAUUUAACAUCGUGCGAAGAGAUUCUGUAAACAUUUCUUUGUUCUCACGCUCUUUAUUUUGAUAUUUAUUCUAAUUAAGUGACACAUUACACGUACUUCGAUAUGUGGAAACCAUUCGAAGCUGGUAGUUCACCAGUUGACUGGUGCGAACGUAAUUACAGCAUUUCUUCUAGUAUAGCAGAAUUUAUGAAUACGCUGAGUAAUUUGGUGUUUUUAUUGCUUCCUCCUGUUCUUAUGCAUUUGUUCAGGGAUUAUGGAAGAUUUGUGAAUCCUGGAAUUCAUGUAAUUUGGUUUUUAUUGAUGAUAGUAGGGCUCAGCAGCGCAUAUUUUCAUGCUACUUUGUCUCUUAUAGGGCAAUUGUUAGAUGAAUUAGCUAUUUUAUGGGUGUAUAUGGCAGGUUUUUGUAUGUUUUUCCCAAGAAGAUAUUUUCCAAAUAUUUUACACAAUGACAGAAAACUUCUUUCUAUAUGUGCAAUGCUACCUACCCUUAUUGCAAGUGGUUUAUCAUUUAUACAUCCCGCGAUAAAUGCAUUUGCAUUAAUGACUCUUGGCAUACCAGCAUUUGGAUUUAUGAUAAUUGAAUUAAAAAGGACCAAGAACCAGAGAGUUUAUAGAUUGGGUUUAAGAUGCGGUGCUGUUUGGUUAUUAGCGGUCACUUGCUGGUUAAAUGAUCGUCUAUUUUGUGAUACAUGGUUAAACUUGAACUUCCCUUAUUUGCAUGCGCUUUGGCAUUUGUUUAUUUUCAUUGCAAGUUACUCGGCAGCUGUGCUUUUUGCUUAUUUCUCUGUAAAGGAUGAAAAACCACAUCAAUCUGCAGUAUUAAGAUAUUGGCCAAAGGAUGACUUUGAACUUGGUAUACCAUAUGUAACAAUUAAGAGUUACAUUAAGCUUGAUACAAACACAAAUAUAUAAAUGUUGAUAUAGAAAUUAAGAAGGCUGCUUUGCGUUUAUCAAUCAAGGAUCUUAAUUUUGAAGACUAACAGAUAAAACACAGUAGAUCUUUAAGUAUGUUCUUUACUUUGCUUAUUUUAAUAACUUAACUUUGUACCAGUGUUUUUACAAAGAUAUAUUUAUAUAUAUUUUACAUCUGUCUAUGCUAUAUAGAAUGUCUGUUUAAAUUUGUGAUACUACUCUAGAUAUUACUUUUUGUACAAAUAUAUGUGGUUAAGGAAUUAGUAGACUAUCUUUAGAAGAGUGCAAUAUUAAGAUAGAACAUACAAAACAUUUAUUCUCUUAACAGAUGUGAAUGAAUAUUGUUCUAAUAUAUUUGUGUAUAUUGAACUGACGUGAAAAUAAAGUUAACCAUUUAUUAUUAUUUUAUAUUAGUUAGUGUGAUAUCAAAGAAUGGAAAAUAUAUCUUGACUAUUUUUUUUCAACAAUUAUAUAUUAUUUUAUAUAUUACACGUUUACUUGACUAUAAUAAAUUCAGUAUCUUAUGUAAACAAUUUAUACAUUAUUGUAUUUACAUAUAUAGAUAAGGAGACCAAUAUUUUAUGUGUGAUCAUUAAAAAUACAUUGUGAUAUAUUUAUGUACUCUUAUAUGUGAAAAGUAUAUCUUAUUUGAAAAUUAA